AUGACCAAACCUGCUGAGUUAUACUGUACUUCUCUUGAAGGAGUUCAAGUUGUUGGAGAAGUUUCUGACAAGCCAUUAUUAUCGGAGGCAACACCAAGGGACAUUCUAACCAUUGAUGCGCUCAAAUUUGUUGUUUUGUUGCAUCGUGCGUUCAAUGGUACCAGGAAACAACUGUUGGCUAACAGACAAGACGUUCAAAAGAGAUUGGAUGCUGGUGAAAGUUUGACAUUUUUAAAGGAGACGGAGUACAUUAGAAACGAUCCUAAUUGGAGAUGUGCAACCAACCAUCCAAAGUUGAUGUGCAGAAAAGUUGAAAUCACCGGUCCUCCAGAUGCAAAGAUGAUUAUCAAUGCCUUCAACACCAAUGUCCAUACCUACAUGACUGAUUUUGAGGAUUCUUGUGCUCCAACUUGGUCAAAUAUGUUGUAUGGUCAAGUUAACCUCUACGAUGCCAUUAGGGACAAGAUUGACUUCACCAAUGACAAGACCGGGAAGCGUUACAAGAUCAACAGAGAAGGUAGAAGAGUUCCUGUUAUGAUUGUCAGACCAAGAGGUUGGCAUAUGGUUGAUCAACAUAUUCUUGUUGAUGGUGAACCAAUCUCUGCUUCGAUUUUGGAUUUUGGAUUAUUCUUUUAUCAUAAUGCGAAAUAUUUAAUUUCUCAAGGUUUAGGCCCAUUCUUUUACUUGCCAAAAAUGGAACAUUGGAAAGAAGCUAAAUUAUGGAAUGAUAUCUUUUGUGUUGCUCAAGAUUGUCUUGAAAUUCCAAGAGGUACAAUCAAGGCAACUGUUUUGAUUGAAACUUUGCCAAUUUCUUAUCAAUUGGAUGAAGUUUUAUAUGCAUUAAAGGACCAUUCAUCUGGGUUGAACUGUGGUAGAUGGGAUUACAUGUUUUCUACAAUUAAGAGAUUAAGAAACCAAAAGGACAAAAUCUUACCUGAUAGACAACAAGUUACAAUGACUGUUCCAUUUAUGACCAAUUAUGUCAAGCAAUUGAUUAAGGUUUGUCAUAAAAGAGGUGUUCAUGCUAUGGGUGGUAUGGCUGCCUUUAUUCCAAUUAAGAAUGACGAAGAAGCUAAUAAGGUUGCAUUAGAAGCCGUUAGGAAAGACAAGUUGAGAGAAGUUUUGGCAGGCCAUGAUGGUACUUGGAUUGCACAUCCUGGUUUAUUGGACACUGCGUUAUCUGUUUUCGAGGAACAUAUGCCAACUCCAAACCAAUUGUAUAAAUUGAAGGAUGAUGUUUCAGUCACUGAAUCCGAUUUGGUGGAUACUAACAUUGAAGGUGGCCAAAUCACCAUGAAGGGAUUGAAUGCAAAUAUUUACAUUGGUUUGAAUUAUAUGGAAUCAUGGUUAAGAGGUUUAGGUUGUGUUCCAAUCAACCACUUGAUGGAAGAUGCCGCAACUGCCGAAGUUUCAAGAUUACAGUUAUGGUCAUGGUGUAAACACCAAGUUAAGAUGAAUGACACUGGCAAGACAAUCACACCAGAUUUCGUUUGUCAAUUGAUUGACGAAGAAGUUGCAAGAUGUAGCCAUAAGGAAGGUAAUAAGUACGAAUUGGCUGCUCAAUGUUUGAAGGAUGAGAUUAGUGGUAAGAAGCCAGUUGCUGAAUUCUUAACUGAUAUCUUGUAUCCUUAUAUUGCAACACCAGGUAAACCAGUUGAUUUGAAUUCUUUGAAGCAAUCUACUCCUGUUUGUGCAUCAAGAUUAUAA